CUCAUUUUUUCCCUUUUCCCUCGAUCGGAAAAAGAAAAAAAAAACCGAUAUCUCGGUUUACGGGAACAACUGCCAAUUCUUCAUCGCACAGCCAUGGGAGUACCGGCAUUUUACAGGUGGUUAUCGGAUCGGUACCCGCAAUCGAUCGUCAACUUAAUAGAGGAAGAGCCGAGAGAAGACGAAAAUGGAAAUCAAAUACCAAUUGACGUAUCUAAACCUAACCCUAACGGUCUCGAAUUUGAUAAUCUUUAUCUCGAUAUGAACGCGAUCAUUCAUCCAUGUUUUCACCCCGAGGGCAAGCCGGCACCUGCCACUUAUGAUGAUGUAUUUAAAUCAAUCUUUGGCUAUAUUGACCAUCUCUUCUCAUUGGUUCGUCCUAGAAAGCUUCUCUAUAUGGCAAUUGAUGGUGUUGCCCCCAGAGCUAAAAUGAAUCAGCAACGUAGUCGACGUUUUAGAGCCGCAAAAGAUGCUGCUGAGGCGGCUGCUGAAGAGGAGAGGUUGAGGAAAGAAUUCGAGGCUGAGGGGAAAGCUUUGUCCCCCAAGGAAAAACCUGAAACAUAUGACUCAAAUGUUAUUACUCCUGGCACUUCAUUUAUGGCUGUGUUGUCUGUAGCUCUUCAGUAUUAUAUACAAUCUAGGUUGAAUCAUAAUCCUGGCUGGAGGAAUAAAAAGGUUAUUCUUUCUGAUGCAAAUGUUCCCGGUGAGGGAGAGCACAAGAUUAUGUCAUACAUUCGGUUACAACGUAAUCUUACUGGCUUCAAUCCUAACACGCAGCAUUGUUUGUACGGUCUGGAUGCAGAUUUGAUCAUGUUGUCCUUAGCUACACAUGAGGUUCACUUUUCAAUUUUAAGAGAGGUGAUCACUCUUCCUGGGCAACAGGAAAAGUGUUUUCUCUGUGGUCAAGUUGGUCAUCUGGCGGCGGACUGUAGUGGUAAGCCAGAUAAUGAAACCGGAGAAUGGAAUGCUGUGGAUGAUACACCUAUUCACAAGAAGAAAUAUCAGUUUCUUAACAUAUGGGUGUUGCAAGAAUAUUUGGAAUAUGAUUUGGAGAUCCCCAACCCUCCAUUCGAGAUAAACUUUGAAAGAAUAGUGGAUGAUUUUGUUUUCUUAUGUUUCUUUGUUGGCAAUGACUUCCUUCCACAUAUGCCAACAUUAGAAAUCAGGGAAGGGUGCUAUAAUCUUCUGAUGCAAGUGUAUAAAAGGGAAUUUGCAGCCAUAGGUGGUUAUCUUACUGAUGCCGGUGAGGUUUUGUUAGAUAGAGUGGAGUGUUUUAUUCAAUCUUUUUCUGUUUAUGAAGAUCAAAUCUUUCAGAAGAGGACUCGUAUACAGCAGGCAAUUGAGAAUAAUGAACAGAUGAAGCUUAAAGCAAGAGAAGAGUCUUCUGAUGAGGCACAGACAACUGUUGUAGAUAAGAUUAAAUUAGGGGAACCGGGAUACAGAGAAAGAUAUUAUGCUGAGAAAUUUGAAAUAUCAAAUCCUGGGGAAAUUGAAAAAGUUAAAAAAGACAUUGUUUCGAAAUAUGUUGAAGGGUUAUGCUGGGUAUGCAGCUAUUACUACCAAGGUGUUUGCUCUUGGCAAUGGUUUUAUCCAUACCAUUAUGCACCAUUUGCUUCAGAUCUUAAGGAUCUAGCUGAUUUGGAAAUAACAUUUUCCAUGGGAGAGCCAUUUAAACCCUUUGACCAGCUCAUGGGAACACUGCCAGCUGCCAGUUCUAAUGCUUUGCCAGAAAAAUAUGGGAAACUGAUGACUGAUCCCUUAUCACCUAUCUGUAACUUUUAUCCCACUGAUUUUGAGAUUGACAUGCAUGGUAAACGCUUCGCAUGGCAGGGUAUUGUCAAAUUGCCAUUCAUCAAUGAGAAGAAGUUGCUUUCUGCAACAAGAAAGCUUGAAGCUACUUUAACGGCUGAAGAGCAGAUUCGUAACAGUGUGAUGCUUGAUCUGCUCUAUGACCAUCCCCUUCAUCCUUUGGCUUCACAAGUUAUUUCAUAUUAUCAAAUUAACUAUCAACUAUGCCCUCAUGAAAGAUUCGUAUGGCCAAUCGACACAAAUGCUAGUGGUGGAAUGAAUGGAUUUCUUUGGUUAUCUGAAAGGAACGGUUGGCACUAUGUUGUCUCUUCCCCUGUCAAGGGGUUGCCGGAUAUUGAAGUUAACCAAGUUUUGAAUAUUACGUAUCUUAAUCCUUCAGAUCAUAAACACAUUCCAAAACUUCCACAGGCUGUUGUGCUACCCAACAAGGUUCUAACACCAUUGGACAUCAAACCUUUUCCUGUAUUUUGGCAUGAGGACAAUGGUGGCCGGCGCCAGCAAGCCAAAGAUCGGGCUCUACUACGUGGUGCAAAAAUUGGGCCUCAGCUAGGAGAUGCAGCUCAUCGUCUUGUCAAGAGUACUCUUAAUGUAAAAUCAAACAGGUCACCCUCUGGGUCAGGGGAGCAACCAUCUUUUAAUAUCUCGAGCAACUACAACAGCAUUAGACCAAGACCUGUAGGACGAUCAGGUUAUGAAAGGGGCUUUCUUGAUGAUCCAAAUUAUUAUUAUAGCAGCCAGCCACGUGCAGGUGAACCAUCAAGUUAUGAAGGGGGAUAUGGUAAUGGCACAAAUUAUCAUGGCCAAUACAGUCAUCCACAAGGGAUUAUGGGUAACCCAAGGCAUCCAUCAUCAAAUGGUAUGCAAAUCGGAAACAACUUCAGGACACAGGGUAGAGUACAGAAUCAGGAACGAUAUUAUGAUUUGCACGUUGGAAUGUCUGCUUUGACUUUUGAGGGAAUGGGAAGAGGUAGAGCACAUGAGGCAUCUUCAAAGAUGCCAAAUUCUGGAUACUCACAGAAUUUAGAUCUCCGGUCUGAGAACAACACUGGUACUUCUCCCACACCGCCCAACAUGCAGAUCAGUAAACCAGUGAAUGUAAAUGCUAGAAAACAAGAAAAAGCAUCAAGUGGAGCUAACGAGAAGCAGAAGAAGAAGGUUUAUCAGAUUAAGUCUCGUCCGCAGGGAGUGACUGGUCCUGUGAACCAGCAGUGAUCACUUAUCAAAUAGAGACUCGUUGCCUGUUCCUUUGACACAGGCAUGUACAUUCCUCUAAUUAAAACCCUUUAACUUCUCUGCAAUUUUAACUUAUAGGUCACAUAUUACCAUCUGAUCCGUCGGCUUCUGAAUUAACCACAGAGCUGUUCAAAUACUUGAAUUUCAUCACGUCGGUUGAAUACCUGUAUGAUUUUAUCAAUGAACUUGUCGUGUGAGCAACAUUUGACCAGAUGGCCAAAGUUGUGUCACGGUAAUGUUCAUUUAUAAUAUCAAAUGGAAAUUUAAUAAGUCGUGGGACAUUGCAAGUUUUGAAUGGUUUUGGUGAUUAAUCUUAGAAUUGAACAUUAAGAAGAGUCAGAAGAGUCUGACAGUCUGUAGUUGCAUCAGGUUAUAAAAGUUUAAACCAUAGGUUUCACGGAACACACCAUAGUCGUUUGGGAAGUCCAUCA